CGUUUCCAAUCAAGUAAACCUUCACAUGUACCAAACUCGUUUUCCGAGUAUGUGACAGCACCACCCUGGGAAUCAAAUUGGCUUCGAAGAUGAUAUGAUUCGACAUAUAAGACUAUCCACACCUCUCUUCAAAACACAAUUGCAUACAUCGUUCCGCUACUUGAUAUCUUGGUACGUGUUCCUCCAAGUUUAUCGAAGUCUUCUAUGCUGCAUAAGAAUUGAUGUAGACGCCAAUCUGCAUGCACAAGAUCCGCAAUCCCGCCGCUCGUUAAUCGGACUCCAUGAUUACAAUGUAGUAUCUGGUACCCUCGAGUUAUGGCUUUGAUUUCCGGACUACUAGCGCUUUGGAGUUUAUCGUGAUACAGGAUGGCGUGAAAGUGAUUUGAUUCAGAAUCUCCGGGUUUUUUUUCCGAUGCUACUGCCGUAGACGGGUCGUGAGAAUGUGGUACGCAACAUACGCGCCGCCUACGGUGCCCCAUGCGCAUAUCGCAUAAAGAAUGGUUUCUGAAGAACAUAGGCACGAUGUUAUAUUUGACUUCUUGGGGUAUUGCGGUGGGCUUAUGAGAAUUCGAUCGCGUGGUGGUUUUGGAAUAUUCAUAUCGUUAUUGAGGAAUUAUAGUAGUGGGUGGAAAGGCAGAGUAUUGGGGGUUUUCUCUCCCUUUGAUGCCUUGUUAAGGAGCACGAAAAUUUUGCUUGUUACACUACGUUGCACAAACGCGUUCCUGGAAUGUUGGUUUACAUCAAAUCCUAAGGUAUCUGUUGACGUCGUACAUCUCCACAUUCACCGGUAACUUGUUAGUUCAUUUAAAUCCUUGAAUCUCUUGACGCGAACGGAAUGGAGCGUCCACGCCCCCCUCAUGAUAUCACCACCGCCAUAAUCACCACAUCCACCUUCUUCCUCACCAUCGUCAAUGUCUCCAUCAUCGCGAUGGACUACAUCCGAUAAAGUUUUUUCUGCAAUGUUCACCUUCGGGAUUGGGUAUCUAGUAGCGACGAACAACACUCAGUCACCCUCACCCUCACCUUCAACGUCAACCUCAUCAUCAUCAUCUAGCCUUUAUCAGCGAAUUGCCAAGAAACAAGUCAUCCUUCAACAAGAGCAAAUUGCACAGCAAUUCCAAAAAACCCCGGGGUCACAAAAGCACGAAUACGAAGGUGUCAGUGCCAGAUCGCUUGCUGCACGGAAGCACCUGCAGCAAAAAUGGUAAAUAUGGCUCUGGUUGCUGGCCUAAAGGCCCGAAGGAAGGUGAGCAGUGGAGUUUUUGGUCAAUGCGCACGGGAAAGUGUGUGUGUAUGCCAGAAUAGAAGGGGUUUUUGGGGGGAAAUGAUUCGAAUGAUGCCAAAGUCUGGGACAAUGAUUACUUGUUCUAUUCGAAUCGAAUAUAUCCACUACGU